GAGAAACCUUAUGAGUGUAAACAAUGUGGAAAGGCUUUCACAAAGAGCUCCAAUCUUGCUACCCAUCAGAGAACCCACACUGGAGAGAAACCUUAUAAAUGUAAACAAUGUGGAAAGGCAUUCACACAGAGGGGCUCUCUCGCUGAACAUCAGAGAAUCCACACUGGAGACAAACCUUAUGAAUGCAAACAAUGUGGAAAGGCUUUCAGACAAAACUCCACACUUGCUGCACAUCAGAGAAUCCACACUGGAGAGAAACCUUAUGAAUGUCAUCAAUGUGGAAAGACUUUCAAAGAGAGCUCUCAUCUUGCUACCCAUCAGAGAAUCCACACUGGAGAAAAACCUUAUAAAUGUAAACAAUGUGGAAAGGCAUUCACACAAGGGAGUAAUCUUGCUGAACAUCAGAGAAUCCACACUGGAGACAAACCUUAUAAAUGCAAGCAAUGUGGAAAAGCUUUCACAAAGAGCUCCAAUCUUGUUACACAUCAGAGAAUCCACACUGGAGAGAAACCUUAUGAAUGUAAUCAGUGUGGAAAGGCUUUCAGAGAAAACUCCAAACUUGCUACACAUCAAAGAAUCCAUACUGGAGAGAAACCUUAUAAAUGUAAUCAUUGUGGAAAAGCUUUCACACAGAGGGCCAAUUUCGCUACACAUCAAAGAAUCCACACUGGAGAGAAACCUUAUAAAUGUAAUCAGUGUGGAAAGGCUUUUACGGUGAGAAGCAAUCUUGUUUCACACCAGAAACGGCCCCUCAGCCAGUCACGGAGGCCCAAGCGGGGAGGUCCCAGCGAGGUAGGGCAGGGGCUGCGCCUGCGCGCUGACUUCCGGCGCGGACUGGAGCCACGCCUCCCUUCCCCCACCCACCCACCCGCUGCUGAGGAACGAAAAGGAAGAUGCCUGGGUGGGGGUGGGGAACCUAAGCCAGCCUCCCCACAAGAGAUUCCCAGCAUGCACUGGGGCUACUACCAGGGGAGGGGCCGUGAGAACCAGAGCCUGAGCCCAGGGGCUGUGGGGAAGGUGGUCCAGAGUGGAUCUGGGGGCAAACAGAGCUGCUUCCUCUGGGUGGGACUCUGGGCCUAA